AUGUCAAGACUAAAAACUGGUUUGUUUGUGCUUUUAGCACUCACAUUAACGUGCUUGUUCCUUGAGCACAAAUUCGGUCGAGUAGUGCGAUUACGAAAAUGGAAUACACUCCUGGAGAGGAAUAAGAAUUUCCCGAAAAAUGACAGUUCGAAGAAAUGGAUUGUCGUUACUACGGUUCAUCAUCCAACAGAAGAUAUUAAGCGUCUCUCACGCAUUCCUAAUUGGACAUUAGUUGUGGUAGGAGACAUAAAAACGCCAAAGGAUUGGUAUGUGGAAGGAGCUCACUUCCUAAGUGUAGAAGACCAAGAAAAACUCGGUUAUCGGAUUAUGGGCUCUCUUCCUUAUAAUUCGUAUGCACGUAAAAAUAUUGGAUACCUAUACGCAAUUGCAAAUGGAGCAGAGUGGAUAUAUGACACGGAUGAUGACAACAAGCCUUUUGGGCUUGGAUUAGAACAGUUCGAAUAUUCUAACGAAACGAGUGGACUACGCUAUGGUUGCAGUUCUCCAGAUGAAACUAAGAAGAACAAAAAGUUUUCAUCGGAAAAACUUUUCAACCCGUAUUCGUUCUUUGGAAAUGCAGAUAUGUGGCCUCGUGGAUUUCCCAUCGAGUACAUACAGAGCCAUACAAAUGGUCCAGAUCGCUAUUGUUUGUGUCAUCGGACGCGCACUGCGGUUGUGCAACAGGGACUCGUUCAUAAGGAUCCUGAUGUGGAUGCUAUUUACAGACUUUUGCAUGCAAAUAAAAUGGACGGGCUGGACGAGAAAUUUAAUAGAUUCACUCCUCCUGUUACUCUUUCACGUGGAACAUAUGCACCGUGGAAUUCUCAGAACACUCUGUUCCACCGUCGAGCUUUUUUCACCCUUGCAUUGCCAGCGUUUGUGCAAUUUCGUGUCACGGACAUUUGGAGAUCGUAUUUUGCACAAAAGCUCCUACAUAUAAUCGGUGAAAAUAUUGCAUUUUAUCCUGCCAACGCGAUUCAAGUCAGAAAUUCUCAUGACUUUCUCAAAGACUUCCGCAGUGAAAGAGAUAUGUACAAGGAUUCGGGGAAAUUGCUGAAAUUCCUAGAUGACUGGAAGUGUAAUGAUAUAUCUGUGGACAAAUGUGUUCUUCAGUUGGCGAAAGCGUUCAGUGAAAAGAACUUUUGGAAAAAAGCUGAUGCCGAACUGAUAGGAAAAUGGAUAGAGGACCUUCAUAACAUAAGAUACGAGUUUCCACCGCCCAUGAGCGCGGAUGAAUAUACUAUUCCUCCUGAUGAGAACUUUCGAGGAGUCAAUUGUAGACGUGUGGAAAUGGAAUUUCUGUCAGAGCGUGUAAACCUGAACGAGGGAAGUAAGAGAUCGGAACUAAAAAUAAGGAUGGCUGGUGAUAUUUCUGACUGGUGCGCGGCCGCAAACCAUACUGAACUUCUUCACAUGUUGCCAUCACCGGAACAGCUUAAUGAUGCGCAUACCAAUCACACUGUGCUAACAGAUCUCGAAAAUACGGUGCUGGUUGUAACAUAUAAUUACCCUAUGAACGGAACUAUCGGCUUAAUACAACGGCUUUACCAGCCCUACUUUGGUGUGACGAUAUUCUGUGGAUCAUGGUUUCCGAAAGAAUACGAUCAAAAAGAUUUUCCAAAAAUACUGCACCCCUUCAACUACAUUCAUUUGUCGAAACAUGAAAUGAACGCGGGCUAUUUUGCUUACUACUGUUUGUCAAAAGUCAAGGAUUUGCUGCUUCAAAAUGUCUUAGGAUAUUUUGUGAUGGCAGACGACACUACGUUUAAUUUUUGGCAUAGUGUAGAUUUGAACAGUACUGUGCACUCGAUUGGAAUUAGUGCUCAAAAUGAAAGUGGAAUUUGGUGGCCAUCUGAAAUGGGUAUGACAGCUGUAAAAAAGGCGAGAACAUUAUUUGAAGAGAAAUAUAAAAACGAUGCAGCUGUACAGGCGGUAUGGAAGCAAUACGCUGACGGGUUGGCAUCAAACAUGAUGACUGGUGUGACAGCAUCUGAGCAUCUAACAACGAGAGAUGGUUGGUCAAUGAGUGAUUUGUACUACAUACCAGCUCAUUUAUUGGAUUAUCAUGCUAGAUUGAUGGAGAUCUUCUUUGAAGCGAAUGUAUUUCAUGAAAUCGCCAUUUCAAAGUACCUUUAUACUGUUCCACAUCAAGCAAUUGAAGAUUCAACGAUUUCAAGCAAUUCAUCACUUAAACUAUUCGAAAAUUUGAUGGAAAACCGCGGUUCAUGGGCUAAUUUAUAUAACGCUGAUCUUAUUGGAUUGCAUCCUAUAAAGUUCAGCGAGUUUGUAGAUAAAAUGACGCGCAAACGUUUUUGUGCCAGUGUGGUGUCAACGUUCUGGUCAAAUUUAUUGGGCGCUCGUAUUUCGAUAUGGAUCAAGGAAAAGAGGAAGGAGGAGAGAAGAAAAGUUGAACAAAACUUCGAUGGAUUGGUGCGAGGCGUCGGACGCAUAGCUCAAGGUGAUGAUUGGCGCAAAAAGAAGAAAAAGAAGCAGGAGACAAAGAUUUUGUAG